AUGAGCAGUGUUAUAAGUGUUAGCAAACGGAAAGAGUUCUUUUCGAACGGCCUUUUGGAGGAGGAAAUAGAUUCUGAAUAUGAAUCUGAAGAAGAUUUGAGAAAUGAAGACAAAGAUGUUGAGAUGGAUGGUACAUCUGAGCACCAAGAUGGGUCUAUUGUAACGCCUGGAGAACUUAUAACAGAUGAUCCUAUAUGGAUGAAGGGUCAUGGGACGUACUUUUUAGAAAACAAGACAUACAGUUCAGUUGUGGGACAAGUUUCAAGAGUUAAUAGGUUGUUGUCGGUGCUUCCAUUGAAGAGUCGUUACAUCCCGGAAACUGGUGACCACAUCAUUGGAAGGAUCACUGAAGUGGGUAAUAGGCGUUGGAAGGUUGAUAUUGGGGCCAAACAGUAUGCAGUUUUGAUGUUGGGAUCAGUGAAUUUGCCCGGUGGUGUGUUGAGACGUAAGUCUGAGACAGAUGAGUUACAGAUGCGUAACUUCUUGAAAGAGGGAGAUCUUUUGAAUGCAGAAGUACAGUCCUUGUUCCAGGACGGAUCUGCAUCAUUGCAUACACGUUCGUUGAAAUACGGGAAACUAAGAAACGGACAAUUUGUACAGGUGCCCAGUUCGCUAAUAGUUAGAUCGAAGAACCACACGCACAACCUUCCGGGGAACGUAACGGUGAUUCUUGGUGUUAACGGAUUCAUAUGGAUAAGAAAAUCGUCAAAGAUGGAUCUUUCUGGUGGUGCGUCAGCUACUGGAUCGGGCCAGAGUGCGGAUCAUAUGCCUGGUGUUAGUGGUAAUGCCAUGUCUGUGUCAAUAACAAGGCUUGAAGAAGAAAGUUCAUGGGGCAUUUACUCGGAUGUGAACGACAAAGUGCCAGUAAGUAUCAGACAAACCAUCACACGUUAUGCCAACGUUAUAAGGGCGUUGGCUCACUGCGAACUUGGGAUCACGGAAUCAAGAAUAAUAUCUGCAUAUGAAGCAUCCAUGGCAUAUGGGAACGUUGGUGAACUAAUUGAAACAGAAACAAUGCAAUCAUUGGGACAAGAUGUCAUUAACGCUGAAAAGAUGAGGGGUACCUCUUGA